UAAAGGGGGUGUGGCAAAGCUUGGAAAGAGUGUUGACCACCAAAAGAGACCAAGUCGUACUGAGUUUGGAAGUUGCUCCCAAGUUGCUGAGGUCUGAUUGAAGAGAACAAGCAAUAUCCGAGCAGGGACCUAAAAAUGGCGUACCUGCUCAUGUUUAUCACCCUCCUCCAUCUCAUCACACUGGCUAUGCUGUUCGUUGCAACCAUGGAGAAGUCCUGGUGGGUGUGGGACAGCAUGGAAAACUCUGACCUAUGGUACAACUGUAGGUUUGACAACUCCACAGAGACUUGGUUGUGUUCUUCUACAAAAGAAACAGACUGGCUGCAGGCUGUUCAGGUGCUCAUGGUUCUCUCAGUGGUCUUCUCCUCGGUUUCCUUCUUGGUGUUUCUGGGCCAGUUGUUCACCAUGUCAAAGGGGGGACUUUUCUACUUCACUGGGCUGUGUCAGGUCUUUGCAGGUCUGACCGCUUUUUCUGCUGCUCUCAUCUACACGCUCCACGUCACGGAAAUCCUCCCCGACUCCAAGCAGCUGAGCUCGGGACGCUUUGGUUACUGCUUCAUCCUGGCCUGGCUGUGUGUCCCUCUGUUGCUGUGCAGUGGCAUCAUUUAUAUCCACCUGCGCAAGAAAGAAUGAUGAGACAGAGGGAGGGAAAAAAUCAAUACCGGCGCUGGAAAUAAAGCAACUCAAAUGAAGAAUGAUGUAGCAAAGCUUGUAUGAUUCAAUGAGGUUCAUUGUGUCUAUAAAUUAUACUGCAAAGCUUGUAUUUGACCCUUCAUGUUAUAAUUUUACAUUCUCCAUCCAAAUUUUGUCAUUAUUAAAUGUAUAUUUUUGUUCCGAUAAAGUUAUAUAUGUAGCUAUAUAUUAAUUUUAGAAGACAAAGCAAGUAUUGUGUACACCUUCAAGAUAAGACUUUAGACACAUUUUGGUCCAGAUUGUCAGGAAACAAAUAUUUUGGCAGUGUUUUUUUCUGUUUUUAAGUUUUUCUUUAAGUAAAGAAUACAUUGAAUAUUCUUAUUUUACACACUGACUAAGCUUGUUAAGAUUGUAUUGAACUUUCUAUGAAAUGUUUAAGUCAGAAUACCUAAAUGAGGUGUUAUAGGCCUAACGGCGUCCAUCUUUCCCAUGUCUUUGGUGCCAUAAUUAGCAGUUUUGGAGAUUCUGAUCUCUCUGUAGUGAAUGAAACCUCUUUAAAAAACCGCAAACCACCACCACACGCCAACAUUUUGAAUUUCUUUACACGGUAUGACACUUUCCAUUUGUGUGGCUAUGAUUCCUUUUUCAUUCACAGCCUGUCUGGAGUUGUGAAUUUAUUGCCCCACAAAAAGGAACUUUCAACUAUAAGAAUAGCCAGACAGUAGCAGAGUCAGCAAAAUAAAGCUGUUAUUCUUUUGCUUGGAAGUUGAAUAAACACUGAACAUUGUUGUCCAUGA